AUGUACCAACCCGAUGCCAUCGCGGUAUAUGAGAAAUGGGGCAAGCCCUAUCUUUUUACUGCGAAUGAAGGCGAUGUACGCGAAUGGUCAGCCUAUGCGGAAAACAAACGAAUCAAGGAUAUCACGCUGGAUCCUGUUGCCUUUCCUGACUUUGCUACGCUGCGUACCGACGCUAAUCUUGGUCGCCUGAAUAUCACCAAUACCUUGGGCGAUACCGAUAACGAUGGUGAUUUUGACCAAUUGUAUUCCUUCGGUGCCCGUUCAUUCAGCGUGUGGAACGGCAACAAUGGAAGUAUCCUAUUCGACAGCGGCAAUGAACUCGAGAAAAAAGCGAUCGCGGCAUCAAAAUAUGAUGACAACCGCAGUGAUGAUAAAGGCGUAGAACCGGAAGGCAUGACACUCGGGUAUGUUGGCAACCGCGUGAUCGCCUUUGUGGGUAUGGAAAGAGCCGACCUUGUGGCGGUAUAUGAUGUAACCGACCCGACGCAUCCUGUAUUUGUAAAAACGCUGGUGACGGGUGAUGCGCCCGAGGGAUUGCUUUUCGUCCCUGCGAAGUAUAGCCCCACGGGAAAAAGCAUGCUGGUGGUGACUUGCGAGGGUGAUGGUGUGGUGAAGGUGUACCAGGUGAAUUAG